AUGGAAUUGGCACAAGAUUUUGGAAUCCCACUGAAGCUUUCAUUCGAGUUAAUGGGCAGAGAAGUUGGUGGAAGAGAGGUUCUUGGAUUCACUAAACAAGAUCAGAAAAAUUAUCUUCAAUCUCAGAGGCAAAAGAAAUUGGCAUAUGGAGAAGCAGGAUGCUUAUUAAAAUACUUCCAAAAGCAAGCAUUAGAAAAUCCCUCAUUUUUCUAUGCUGUGCAAUUGGAUAGUGAUGAGCAAAUAACAAAUAUUUUUUGGGCUGAUGCUAGGAUGAUACUUGAUUAUGGUUUAUUUGGUGAUGUUGUGAGUUUUGACACCACAUAUAGAACUAAUGAAGCCAAUAGUCCAUUUGGAGUAUUUGUGGGAUUUAAUCAUCAUCGUGAGACUGUAAUUUUUGGGGCAACAGUGAUGUUUGAUGAAACUUUUGAUUCAUUUACAUGGUUAUUUGGGACGUUUUUGGAGGCAAUGUCUAACAAGGCUCCAAAGUCUAUUUUUACUGAUCAGGAUGCUGCAAUGGCUAAAGAUUGUGCAAAUGUGAUGCCUAACACAUAUCACUUGCUUUGCACAUGGCAUAUAAUGCAAAAUGCCAUUAAGAAAGCAAGUAGUAUAUUCAAGGGUGAUGAUAGGGUCACCACCUUCUUAUCAAAAUGUAUGAAUAACUAUGAAGAGGCGGAUGAGUUCCAACUUAUAUGGGAAGCAAUGCUUACUGAAUAUGGUGAACAUGAUAAUCCUUGGUUAACUAGUAUAUUCCGAUUAAAGGAAAAAUGGGCAAAACCGUAUGUCAAGUGGGCAUGGACUGCUGGAAUGCAUAGCACCCAAUUAAGUGAGAGUUUCAAUGCUAGCCUAAAACCAUAUGUUAAGUCAGAUUAUGAUGUGGUUCAAAUUUUCAAGCACUUUGACAUAUUGCUCGAUGAUAAGCGGUAUAAAGAGUUAGAGGCAGAGUAUGCUUUGUGCUACAAGUUACCUGCUAUUGGGAUAUUUUCUUCAAUGGUGAUCAAGGCUGGAAAUAUUAACACUAAAGCUGCAUUUGAAGAAUUCCAAAUUUAG